ACAACAACCGCUGAUCCCAGAGCGGCGGAGCCCCGGAAUCACUUCCUGGCUGCCGUCGAGGUCCAACAUGGUUCCGAGCUGGUUCUGUCCCGGUCUGGGCUGCAGAACCCUGCUGCAGAGCCGGGUCCUGCAGAACCGAGCCGUCCGGCUGACCCACGGCCUGGUCCAGAGCCGAGCCGGCCCGGAGCCGAGGCCGCUGCCCCCGCGCAGAGCCGGCCGGUGCCAGGUGAGUCAAACCUGCAGAGCGACUUCAUGGCUUCAACCCGGCUGCAGAUCUCUGUCCUCGCUGCCCCCCCCGCCCUCCAAAGAAGAGAAGACCAAGAAGUCUGGGCCCGUCACGUGGAAAUCUUUAGCAAUAACGUUUGCGAUCGGAGGAUCCUUGCUGGGAGGGAUGAAAUACUUCAAGAAGGAAAAGGAAGAACUGAUUGAAAAAGAGCGGAACAAGUCGAUCGGGCGGCCGGCGCUGGGCGGGCCCUUCUCGCUGGUCGACCACAACAACAAGCCGUGUAAGAGCGAGGACUUCCUGGGCCAGUGGGUUCUCAUCUACUUCGGCUUCACGCACUGCCCCGACAUCUGCCCCGACGAGCUGGAGAAGAUGAUCGAGGUGGUGGACGAGAUCGACAGAAUCCAGUCUCUCCCCAACCUGACCCCCGUCCUCAUCACCAUCGACCCCGCCAGAGACACCCCCGAGGCCAUGGCUGCAUACGUGAAAGAGUUUUCCCCAAAGCUGAUCGGCCUGACGGGGGCGGCGGCCCAGGUGGAGGAGGUUUCUCGGGCCUACCGGGUUUACUACAGCCAGGGGCCCAAGGACGAGGACAACGACUACAUCGUGGACCACACCAUCAUCAUGUACCUGGUGGGGCCCGACGGGCUUUUCCUCGAGUACUUCGGCCAGAACAAGCGCAGCGCGGAGAUCACCGGCGCCAUCGCCGCCCAGAUGAGGAAGUUCCGGAAGGAGAAGUGAACGACGGCGGCGGCUUCGGCCCACGUCCGGCCCCGGAACAUCGGACCUCGUCGGUCCCGGCGCGUCGGACCCGUCUGAAGCCACGGCCACUUUGUAAAGUGACUUUUUAAAGGGAUAAAAAAAACGAGUGGAAGUGUUUUUAAUCCCCGGAUUAUAACAACGUGAUUCUCUCUGGUUGUGGUUCUGUUUUAAACCCGUCUGGCCCGGUUCCUCAGCGUGAAUCCGACGCCAGGCGGAUGGAGGGUGUUCUAACGGAGACACUGGACUCCCGGCGGGUCGUGACCCUGCAGCCGGACCCGUCAGUACCGGAGAACCGGUCCCUCCAGGACCUCCGGGACCUGCAGGACUUCCAGGAUGGGUCCACAAGGACGUCUUUGUGUGUAAACUUGAAAUAAAAACCGUACGUUAAGUUAAA